CUCGUAGAGACAAAACAAAAUUCCUCGUGACCGGACAACAUUUACAUGACAUUGCUUUCUUUUUGCAUCGCCAUUAGGGUUUGCACUUUGCAGGUCCCUUCUUCUCCUCGCACGUGUGAUUCAUGCGUUUUCUCAAUUCCCUUUCAGUAAUCUCACCGUUCGUGCGACGUGUUGUGGAGCAAGGUGCUUCAUCAGACUGUUAUUUGCAAAUGGUCAGUUUUCGUUGUUGGUGAGAAUUCUAAUGCUAGCGUCAUUCAGCCAAAUGCCUAUUUAAAGGGUAUAUUGGAAUUUCACUUGGAUUCUAAUUGAUGCAUUCACACCGUUAGCAGUUGGUCCCCAAUUCCAAGAUGAGCAAUUCUCACUCUGCAAAUCAUGAUGAAGCAACUGUGGUGGGAUUUGAAGUUCCAAAAUCCCCUGAUUCCAGUUACAAUAAUGUCUACCCUGGAAAUGAAGAUGAGGCAAGGGAUCCACCUGUGGUCCCCUCACAUCUGCAACACACUUUGCUCAAUUAUCCUGCAAGUAGAGACACUGCAGGAACGCUCCCAUUGCCUCAGAAUGUGAUUCUAAAUCAUCUUUACAUCGAGAAUAGAGAGCCUCCAAGAUCUGUGGUGGCUUUGGGAUUCACUCAUCGUUUCCGUUCUAAAUAUGUUACAGUCGUGCUUUACAAACCAGUUCAAAGAAGGGGAAAUACAAGCAUUUAAUGUGCAUAUUAAAAACCUUGAUCACCGAUGGUUUGUAAUGAUUUAUUGUAGACUCCAUAAUCCAAUUAUUGGAUAUGAUAUUUUAAUGAACUUUAGAUUGUUUCUGGAAUUCUGGUGACAGCUGUACUUUUAUAUGUAAAUUUGUUUUAACGUUGUGUCUACAGGUUAUAAACAUUUUGAGUUU